CCAGUGAAGAGAUUCAAAUCGGUGUUGAGAAGUAGUCAAAAACAAAAAAAAACAAGUUAAUUGCAUUGUAGCAACAAGUUCGUGUAUUAAGUCUUUCGUUUUAAUUACUCGAACAUCAAAUAUGAAGUGUAUUUUGUUCAGUGUGUUGUUGGUGGUCCUUCCAGCCGCCCUCUUGGCAGAGAAUAUUUUCAAAAUUAACAUUUCUCCCGAAGAGGCUCAACAAUAUAUUGCUCAGGUCAGCUCACGUGGCCUGAACAACAUUGAAUAUGCUCCCAAGACCGGUGAAAAUCCUUUGCCCGAAGCACGCAACGAAAAGGGUGAAUUCGUUUAUAUGGGUCGCGUAAUUGAAAAUCCCAACGAUUAUGUCGAAGAACAUUACGAUGCCCAUCAGUAUCAUGGCCAGGAUGGUUUGGGUCAAUACGUCUACGGCUACAAGGAUUGGAAUCAGGGUAAAAACGAAAAGAAAGAUGCCAGUGGCACCGUAACCGGUACCUACAAAUAUGUUCAACCUCAUGGCCGUGACUUCAUUGCCAACUACUAUGCCGAUCGUACUGGCUUCCAUGUCGAAGAUAAUCGCCCCGCUCAUUUGAAGAAUCCCCCCACCAAAACCCCAGCCGUCAAGAAAGCCGAAGAGGAACAUUUCCGUUUGUGGGGUGAAUAUGCUGCCGCUGCUGGUCACAACCCCGAUCCUUAUGCUGCCGAAUAUCAAACCGGUGAAGGCCGCUAUGAACCACAAUCUUCCGAUCAGGAAUAUGUGCAUCAAGAACCCGAAUACGUACCCGGUCCCGAAGAACAUGGCGAACCCAAAGGAUUCUACUAUGCUUUCGACUACAAUGUGCCAUUGUUGCGCAACAAGAAGGAACGCGAAGAAUUGGAACAAUUGCGCGCCAUCAACAACAAGGAUUAAAUGCAAUAGUAAAGUUUCUUGUAUCUAGGACAUGUUUAAGUUUUAAUUUAUAAAUUAUUUAUUUUAUGUAUAUGUUCUGCAAUUAAAUUAAUUUAUAUGUAAUAGCUACGUCCUUUUUUCCACGUCGUCAAAUGCACUACGAAUGUACCUCAUGUGAUUGUAAAUAAAUAACAAAAAAAAAAAAAAAAAAAAAC